CGGACGGCCGUAGGUACCCCGUCAGCAGUAUCGCACACAUUUACGGGGUUCGCGGCCGCCGGACGACGCACGCCGCCGGGUUUGCAACAUCUGAAACGCGCGCAUUGCAGACAUUGCCCUCAUCACUACCGUCGGCUACAGCAGUACGAACUUCCGGAGUAAACGGUAGCCGUCGUCGACCCAGUCGCCGGCAUCGGUCACAUCCAACACGUUCGGGAGGCUGCCCGCCAUCGUCGUCGGUGAUACAGCCGGCGGGCGCGAAGCAACAGCUUGCACACAUCAGGUAUGAAUUCAAUUUAAUUGAAAAAUUUUAUGAACAAGAAGAAAAGUUAUCAAUGUUGUAAUAAGCUGCGCUUCAAAAAAAAUUACGUCAGAAACGAAGUUUACUGUAAUAAAUCGGUCAUUGAAAUUUUUGACUUUACCAUAAUAAAAUAAAAAGCAAUCAAAACUUGCUAAAAUAAAAGGAAACAGUAAUUCAUGAAAAUAACGAGUAAAAUGUCUUAAUAAUCAUUUAUUCCUAAAAAAGAUUGCUACUUAAAAACCAGAAAGAGUGAACACAUUAAACGCUGACAAAACUAUAAUAGACAAAAAUUUGUGAUGGUGAAAUAAAUCUGUAGAGUAGGACGCUACCACAGUCACAAAUCGCCACUAGAAAAUGAAUUAUGGCGUAUCCGAGGCUUCGUCAUUACAGGACGAUGACGGCCAUAUGCUUCGUCUGCAACCUGCCAAUUCUGAGUCAUCAGGUUGGGUUGGUGUGGCAAGGUGGCAAUGGAUGGGACGAUAUUUUACGCGAGCAAAUGGAAGAAACGACGCUCAAGCAGCGACUGGGCGGCCGCCGAGACUCGGCAGCGCAAAUCACCACAGAAUCACCGCCCACCGAAACGGCAGAAACUUCACCUCCGGUCAGCCGCCGCCGAAGACGCAGCUCACUGGCCCAACUCACCGACAUACUUCGUGAAUGGAGUGGAACCGGUAUGGGAGGUGGCGGUAAGUCGGGCGGCCGGCCGAAAGGCAUCACCAGGCGUGAGACGCUUGCUGACAUCGCCAAGACGCUGCCUUUCGGCCGGUCCAAUACGAUCACGUCAUCGAGGAAGCGUCGCGAGUCUUCUGUGGACUCGGGCAUCAAGUCUUCAUCGAGUAAGGGACGUCGUGAUUCUAAAAACGACUUUAGAGCCGACAUUGCGAAGCUCCUCAACAACAGACGUGACUCUGUCAUAACACCAAGUGUAUCACAGCCAAGGAGAAGAGGAUCCACCGAUAGCGUUGGCCGCCCAUCGGACUUGGACGGCAGACGUGGUUCGAGAGAUGGCGGCAUUCGUCAACACCGUACAUGCCAUAAGCGUAGAGAUUCUCAGGCCAUUGUUCCCGGCUUAUCUACGUCUUCCAACGGUUCCGGAGACGGUGUUAAAACGACAGAAGACCAUACAAUAACACCCCCGACGAUGGUCAUUAGUAGUGUGACACCUCCUCCGACAUCGCCGUGUGUUCCAUCACCGACAAACCAACAGGCGCCGACCGCCAUGGCCACAGCAUCGGUGUCUUGUAGUUACACUCCGCCCGUGUCGUCUCCCAGUUCACCGGUGGCCUGUGUAGCGCCUCAGCUGACCAGCGGAAUGUCACACGCACCGCCCGUUUCCCGAAGAGAUUCCACCACACAAGUGUAUUCAAGAACUCGCCGUAGUUCCAAACCACACGUGUCUCCCGAACGACGACACAGUAAAGACGGCGGCAUUGGGUUAGCCGGCAACAAGCUCUCAAGACUGCAAAGGCAAUCGACUGCCAUCGACGAGAGCUGCUUGCCCGCGGGCGCUCUAAGCGGACGGAGGAGUUCUCAACCUACGCUGUCGGCAGAACAGGACUGGCAAGAUCGGAAAACCAGACGGGAUUCGCUGUCUCCCGACUCUGCGAAUUACGCGAGGCGUCGCGAUUCUAGAGGCGGACUGUCACCUGACAGACAGGGUCGAGAUGUGUCGCCCGGAAGAAACAGACGCCGACGAAAUUACAGACGACAGAGCACUACUAUGGGCAGUUACAACACACGCAACUGUAGAACGAGGUCGCCGGAAUCGUCAUCGUCGUGUUCGUCUCGAGAACCGUCUCCUGUGGGCAGAUCAGUUACACCGGCAGCCGCCACUAGAGCGCCGAUCAUAAGAAGACAAUCGACUACUGAAGAGAUCCUAAUCGCAAGAGGAUUCCGAAGACAAUCAACUACUGAAGAAAUGAUUCGCUGUAGAAAUUUCCGGAGACUUUCUUCGCAAUCUGAUGAAUGCUAUAGAACUAGAGGCCGAAGAGAUUCAAGUACACAGAUAAUUGAUGGAACAUUGGCCACAAUGGCUGUAGAAACUAGUAGCACGCUGUUUGAUUCUAGUACUCAAACAGAAACUUCUUUGUUGUACGACAACAAGCAUUAUCACGAAGAAUGUUUGCGAUGCAAUUCAUGUGGAAUGAACCUGACCGGCCCGAACCAGAAACGGGCCAGGAGGUUCAAAAAUCACAUAUUGUGUGAUUUGCACUUCGCCGACGUAGCUUUGAUGGAGUGCUCAGAUUUUAUGCAGCAAUUACGUAGUUUCAAACCACAAUCAUUGGGCUGUGCGGUAGCAAGAAGAAAGAGCUCCACUACGCUAAUAUUUCCAUUACCACCUCAAGCUUGUGGCGAUGAUAUAUGUGAAGAAUGGCCACAUAAUUUUCAGCCUGCUCCUGGUUACUGGAUUGAAUGUUCGCGACAAAAGAUUACUAGCGAAGCUGGUUGUGUCGAAGAAUCUGGAUCAGAUGAAAGAGAUAUGAACAAUGGCUCAAACUCUGAUGGGGGUGAGGGAGCUCCCGACUAUUGUUGUAGUCGCUAUGGGCGAGCACGGGGUUCGGAUAGCUUGCUUUUAGAAGACGAUGAAUAUUAUCCAUAUGAUGAUGACUAUGUCAUACCACCAUCCAGACCGAAGACUUCCAUUGAAGAACAAUGGGAAAAAAAUCGAUGCUUUGAACUCACUUCCGUUGAACAAGAAACUUUUGAAAGAUAUUUCUACCAAAAAGAACAUUGGAAUUAUUUUACAAAUGACGAAGAUCUAGGUCCGGUAAUUCUUAGUUUAAAACAAGAGAGCAUAAACGGCCGAGAUCAAUUCAGAAUACUAGUCAGAGCGAUUAGUUAUACAGUACAUGGUCUUAUUCCUGCAUCAUGUGUGUUUGCCGACCGAUAUAACCGUGAAGAAGUAGUCAGAUCUUUAGGAAAAGAAAUUAACCUUAAUCCACCACUUGUACUCGGUCAGCUACCAGAUACAGCAGACGAACUGCUUAAACUAGAUCAAGUGUUUAUGAAAUCUGAACUCAAAGUUGGGGUAAUCUAUGUGAAAGAAGGUCAAACUACCGAGGAAGAAAUAUUAGACAAUAAUGAAAAUAGUAUAGCAUUCGAAGAGUUUUUGGGAUUAUUAGGAGAGACUAAAAGACUUUGUGGUUUUGAUAAAUAUCGUGGAGGAUUAGACACAGUACAUGAUUUAACGGGUACCCAUUCUGUGUACACAAAUUGGAGAAACAUUGAAAUUAUGUUCCACGUAUCUACUAUGUUGCCAUAUGAAGCUCAUGAUGCUCAAAAAUUACAACGAAAACGUCAUAUUGGCAACGACAUCGUAUGUGUUGUAUUUCUUGAAGCUGACAACACGAGGUUUUCACCAGCUUGUAUAAAAUCACAUUUUCUUCAUACAUUCAUAUUAGUUAGAGUUAGUCCAAGAAUAAGAAGAAAAACAGAAAGAACAAAAUAUGAGGUUUCGGUAGUUACCAGAGAUGAAGUAGGAGCAUACAAACCAUAUCUUUGGGAACAAUCAGUUUUUGAAGAAAAAGACAUGUUUCGUGAAUGGAUUUUGACAAAAAUUGUUAAUGGGGAACGAGCUAGUUACUCAGCACCAAAAUUUGCUAGAAUGCAAGAACGCACUAGAAGUCAAAUGUUAGAAGAUAUAGUUGCCAAUCUACAAAAUCACUGUGAGACUGGACAAAUACCAAAACCAUAUAGGAGAGGUUCGUGGCGUCCUAUUGGUCACAUGAGACCAUCAAGUCCUCUAUUAGAUUCCGUUAGAGAUAGAUUUGAAGAUUAUGAUACUUUAGCUAAAGACUUUACAAAAUUCUUUAUUAACUCUGAAACAAAUGUUACUCAAAAUGGUCAUUUGUUUGACGUUGUAUUCUUGGUUGGUCAAAGCAAACAAAAAACUAAAUUUAUAGGUGUCAGAGCCAUUUUGGGCGUACGAAGUAGAGUAUUCCAGGAAAUGCUGUACGGUAUUUCGACUGGGUUCGGAUCUCCCCAAAUGCCAGUAGCAGAACUAUUAGCGCGAGGUCUUCCAAGUCUACCGUCACAACAACAACAAAAAACUAAAAGUAGUAACUUUUUACAAGUUCCAGAUAUAGAAACACCAAGAGCUAAAAGUGUUCCAAGUUCUCCAAUGAUGCGAAGAGCUUUUACUCGUUUAGGAACUCUUACGGCUGGUUGGAGCAAGUCUAUUAGGAAGCAACAAAACCUAACUGUUGAUGACAAAAAGAAAUGGGCAUCAUCACAAGAUUUUAGUCAUAAAGAAAAAGAAAAAGACCGAGAAAAAGAAAAAGAACGAUUGGCUCAAUUAUCGGUGCCAAAAGUGAGCGUUUGUCCAAAUAACGGUGGAGACAAGAUUGAUCGAGCCAAAUUAAAUCAAACUGAAUUUUCAAUUAUUGAAUUCGAUCCUGAUACAUUUCGUAUAUUACUUGAUUACUUACACACGAGUUCUUGCAAAAUUACUUGUGCUAACGUUCCUGGACUGAUUUGUGCAGCAGAACAUUAUGAUUUACCGGAGUUAUUACAGGCGUGCUUCCACCACACAAAGCAACAUUUAAGGGUAGACGUAAUAUGUCUGAUGUUAAACAGUCUUGAAAAUUAUGUUUGGCGUUAUAAUUCAGCUGUGGAAUUGGUCAACUUGAUAUUUACUUAUAUUGAACAAAAUGCGUUAAGGGUACUCAAUCAUUGUGAUUUUCUCACACUUUCUGAAUCUUUGGUACAGCAAAUUAUGAGUAGACCCUUAGAAGUAUCAGAAAUUCGUAAAUUUCAAGCUAUGAUCAAAUGGGCAACCACCAAAAGUGAGUCAAAGACUAAUGCCAAAGAAGAAUUUCAUCAUAUUAUGACAAGACUUAAAAAAGAUAUUAAUCUUGUAAAAAUUGCACCCAACGAUCUCAUUAACAUCGUACUACCUACAAGAACUGUUGAUAAUCAAGAUAUUUUGGCAACUCUCUGUAAACAAGCCGGUACAGGAGAGUACAAAAUUGAAAAGACUGUAUUCGAGAGGCUUAGUAGACAUAGAUCCGAUUGGGAUCAUGUCGAGCCAUAUAUAUAAUUUUAAUACUAGUUAAAUGAAGACCAUUUAGAAUAUUAUAUCGUAUAAGAUGUGUUAAGAUUUUAUUGAAACUAAGUAUGUAAUUGUUUUUAUUAAAUUCAAUUAAACUAGUUUUUAUUUAAAAUAUAAUUAAAAAAGGUUGUUAAAUAAUUUUUCUCUAUAUUGUAAUAUCAGAUACUUUUUUCGAAAGUAUUUGAGCAUUGGGUAAUCAUGACCAUACAGUAUUACAAAAAUAAUGUAUAAGUUAUGACGUCUCGGAGCUUAUGUUCAUAUAAACUUUAAAAUAUUAAGGUAUUCAGGUAUUGUUUGACUUUCUUGAAGUAUUUUAAAGUAAUACCAUUACAAAAUAUUACAUAAAUUUAUGAAGUUAUAAAAAUAUAAUACAUUAAUAACGUGUGAAUUGAUUUGUUAAUGUUUAUAUGUAUAUAGUGUUUUUUUCGUUAUGUGAAAAAUAAAUAUAAGUGUUAUAAUUAUUUACAGUUUAAGAGAAUUUAUUAUAAGUUUUGGCAAACGUGCCGCCUACCAAACGAUAAUCAUAAUUUUUUUUUAUGAUUUUUUUUACAUAUUUACUUGAAAAAUUUAUUAAUUAUACAAAAAUACCCUUUUCCCAUUUUAAAUUAAAUGUGCAUUAAUAGUACUGUGGUAAAUUUUACUCAAUAAUAAUUUAAAAAUAAAUAUUUACUGAGAAAGAAACAACUAUAAAUAGUAUUUUUACUCGCAUAAAAAUGUAACAAGUAUAUGCAAUGAUUGUUUAUUAAAGACUGUGUAAAAAAAUCACUUUGUUCGUUAAUACUUAGAAGUCAUCUUUUUGGAGAUAGUUAUUCAAUAAAAUCGUUUAAUAAUCACAUUGCACUCCGAUAUUUACAUAUUUAUUUUGUUUAUAGUUAAUAUUUCCUUAUCUAAAAUGAAAUUAUACAAAACAUUAAACUGAUUAGAUAAUAUUUCAAUAUAUUUUUUGACAUAUAAUGAAAUUGAUAUUCCAAAAUCACUCAAAUUUGUCAUGCCAUUCAUAGUACAUCAUAUAACUUUUAAGAAUAUUCUACUAAACGCACCUAACAAAUUCUUUUAAAGUAAUUACCAACAACAGCGAAGUAUUAUUUCUUGACCAUUCAUUAUAAUUUGUUAUUUUUAUUAACCUAUAAAAUUACUCUGAACUAAUCAUUGGCAUUUUUCUUCUCAUAAUAAUGACAACUAUAGCCAACAGUUGUUUCUUGUAUCAAGUAUUAAGUAAAAAUAGAUAAUCACACAAUAAAAAAUUUCUGCAACGCUUUUUUUUUUUGGAUCCCAAAUAAGACUAAUUGAUUAUUUUUGUCUCGUCAAAUAUCAUUGACUUAUAAUUUUUUCACCUAUAAAACAGCGCUAUACUAAAAGAUACUUACACGUAAUGUGUCAAAAAGAGUGAUGCCGAAAUUUCUUAAUACGUGAUCUAUCUAUUUGUAUUUAUUCAAUGCUUGUACUAAUGUACAGAUUUUUUUUCAUCUAUUUUUCCUUUUUUUUUUUUGCGUGUAUGUCUUAUUAUAAUAAAUUGUCAACUAUAUGUAUUUUUAAAAUCAUAAUUAUACAUUAAUAUUAACACACGAUCUUUUAUUACAAGUUUGUCUAUUAAACUUUAACAAUGUUAAGUUUUAACAUUUUUAUUUUCGAUAAUAUUAAUGAAAUUGUAUAAUACAGGACAAUAUUCUUUAAAAAAAUAUUAAAAUG